AGAAGGAGACCUUUCUGGAUCCUUUUGUCCUCCGGGACCUCCUGCCUGCAUCCCUGGGCAGCUAUUACCGGUACACGGGUUCUUUGACCACCCCACCGUGUAGCGAAAUUGUGGAGUGGAUCGUCUUCCGGAGGCCUGUCCCCAUCUCCUACCACCAGCUCGAGGCAUUUUAUUCCAUCUUCACCACAGAGCAGCAAGACCACGUCAAGUCGGUGGAGUAUCUGAGAAAUAACUUUCGACCACAGCAAGGUCUGAAUGACAGGGUCGUGUCCAAGUCUGCUGUCCGUGACGCCUGGAACCAUGACAUGAUGGACUUCUUAGAAAACCCUCUAGGGACAGAAGCUUCUAAAGUCUGCAGCUCUCCACCCAUCCACAUGAAGGUGCAGCCUCUGAACCAGACGGCACUGCAGGUGUCCUGGAGCCAGCCAGAGACCAUCUACCACCCCCCCAUCAUGAACUACAUGAUUUCCUACAGUUGGACCAAGAACGAAGAUGAGAAGGAGAAGACGUUCACAAAGGACAGCGACAAAGACCUGAAAGCCACCAUUAGCCAUGUCUCACCCGAUAGCCUUUACCUGUUCCGAGUCCAGGCCGUGUGUCGGAACGACAUGCGCAGCGACUUCAGCCAGACAAUGCUCUUUCAAGCUAAUACCACUCGAAUAUUCCAAGGGACCAGAAUUGUGAAAACAGGAGUGCCCACAGCGUCUCCUGCCUCUUCUGCCGACAUGGCCCCCAUCAGCUCGGGGUCUUCUACCUGGACAUCCUCUGGCAUCCCCUUCUCCUUUGUUUCCAUGGCGACUGGGAUGGGCCCCUCCUCCAGCGGCAGCCAGGCGACAGUAGCCUCAGUGGUCACCAGCACUCUCCUUGCCGGCCUGGGGUUCGGCGGCGGCGGCAUCUCUUCCUUCCCCAGCACGGUGUGGCCCACACGCCUCCCGACGGCAGCCUCAGCCAGCAAGCAGGCGGUCAGGCCAGUCCUUGCAACAACAGAGGCCUUGGCUUCUCCAGGGCCGGACGGCGAUUCUGUACCAACCAAGGACAGUGAGGGUGCAGAAGAAGGGGACAAGGAUGAGAAAAGUGAGAGUGAGGAUGGGGAACGGGAGCAUGAGGAGGACGGAGAGAAGGACUCCGAGAAGAAGGAGAAGAGUGGAGUGACCCAUGCCGCCGAGGAGGGGAACCAGACCGAGCCCACCCCCACACCCUCCUCUCCCAACAGAACUGCCGAGGAGGGUGGGCAUCAGACUAUAUCUGGGCACGAGCAGGACCACACUGCCCUCCCCACAGACCAGCCGGGCAGAAGGAGGGAUGCCGACCCAGGCCUGGACUCUGAUUCGGUCACCUCCACCCAAGUGCCCCCCACAGUCACAGAGGAACAUUAUGCAGGGAGUGAUCCCAAGAGACCUGACAUUCCAUCUAAAAAGCCUAUGUCCCGAGGGGACCGAUUUUCCGAGGAUAGCAAAUUUAUCACUGUUAAUCCAGCAGAAAAGAACACAUCUGGAACGAUAAGCCGCCCUUCUCCAGGAAGGAUGGAGUGGAUCAUCCCUCUGAUUGUGGUAUCAGCCUUGACCUUCGUGUGCCUCAUCCUUCUCAUUGCUGUGCUAGUUUACUGGAGAGGGUGUAACAAAAUAAAGUCCAAGGGCUUUCCCAGACGUUUCCAUGAAGUGCCUUCUUCUGGGGAGAGAGGAGAGAAGGGGAGCAGAAAAUGUUUUCAGACUGCUCAUUUUUAUGUUGAAGAUAGUAGUUCACCUCGUGUGGUUCCCAAUGAAAGUAUUCCUAUUAUUCCUAUUCCGGAUGACAUGGAAGCCAUUCCCGUCAAACAGUUUGUUAAACACAUUGGUGAGCUCUAUUCUAAUAACCAGCAUGGGUUCUCUGAGGAUUUUGAGGAAGUCCAGCGCUGUACGGCUGAUAUGAACAUCACUGCAGAACAUUCCAAUCAUCCAGAUAACAAGCACAAAAACAGAUACAUCAACAUUUUAGCAUAUGAUCACAGUAGGGUGAAGUUAAGACCUUUACCAGGAAAAGACUCCAAGCACAGUGACUACAUUAAUGCAAACUAUGUCGAUGGUUACAACAAAGCGAAAGCCUACAUCGCCACCCAGGGACCUUUAAAGUCUACAUUUGAAGAUUUCUGGAGGAUGAUUUGGGAACAAAAUACUGGAAUCAUUAUCAUGAUUACAAACCUUGUGGAAAAAGGAAGGCGGAAAUGUGAUCAGUAUUGGCCAACAGAAAAUAGUGAGGAGUAUGGAAACAUUAUUGUCACACUGAAGAGCACAAAAGUACAUGCCUGCUAUACCGUUCGUCGUUUUUCAGUUAGAAAUACAAAAGUGAAAAAGGGUCAGAAAGGAAAUCCCAAGGGUCGUCAGAAUGAAAGGGUAGUGAUCCAGUAUCACUACACACAGUGGCCUGAUAUGGGAGUUCCCGAGUAUGCCCUCCCAGUCCUGACUUUCGUAAGGAGAUCCUCAGCAGCCCGGACACCAGAAAUGGGCCCUGUGUUGGUGCACUGCAGUGCUGGUGUGGGCAGGACAGGCACCUACAUUGUAAUAGACAGCAUGCUACAACAGAUAAAAGACAAAAGCACAGUUAAUGUCCUGGGAUUCCUGAAGCAUAUCAGGACACAGCGAAACUACCUCGUCCAGACUGAGGAGCAGUACAUUUUCAUUCAUGAUGCCUUGUUGGAAGCCAUUCUUGGAAAGGAGACUGAAGUAUCUUCAAAUCAGCUGCACAGCUAUGUUAACAGCAUCCUCAUACCGGGAGUAGGAGGAAAGACUCGACUGGAAAAACAAUUUAAGCUGGUCACACAAUGUAAUGCAAAAUACGUGGAAUGCUUUAGUGCUCAGAAAGAGUGUAACAAAGAAAAGAACAGAAACUCUUCAGUUGUGCCAUCUGAGCGUGCUCGAGUGGGUCUUGCACCAUUGCCUGGAAUGAAGGGAACAGAUUACAUUAAUGCUUCUUAUAUCAUGGGCUAUUAUAGGAGCAAUGAAUUUAUUAUAACCCAGCAUCCUCUGCCACAUACUACGAAAGAUUUCUGGCGAAUGAUAUGGGAUCAUAAUGCACAGAUCAUUGUCAUGCUGCCAGACAACCAGAGCUUGGUAAGUAAAGCACAUCUGCUAUAUAUUAAUGAGCCCAUGAGGUUAUAAGCAUAAAUUACUUUGAUACCUUGCCACAGGACUAUAGUGUUUGUAUAUGCUAAAGAGGGAAUUUGGUCU